GCCAACUACAGAUGUCUCGUUAUCAAAAUAUGCUAAUGAUGUCCGAUAUGACACAAUUUCUCUGCAACACAUGAUAACCAAAAAAUGCCCGCCGUCUCAGCAAUAAAUCUGUUUUCCCUGAAGGAUGUAACUGCAGAAUUUGAAGUGAUCGGUAUUGAUGAGGGACAAUUUUUUCCAGAUGUCGUGGAAUUCAGCCAGAUGAUGGCAGAUGGCGGCAAAACUGUUAUAGUCGCUGCUCUCGACGGAACAUUUCAGCGACAGGGCUUUGGAAAUAUCCUUAAUCUCGUGCCUCUUGCUGAGAGUGUGAACAAGCUGACGGCAGUGUGCAUGAAGUGUUACGGAGAUGCGUCAUACACCAAGCGGAAGGGCCAUGAGACAGCUCUGGAAGUGAUCGGUGGUGCGGACAAGUACAUGGCCGUUUGUCGAAGCUGUUUUGAAUCGCCUCAGAAACAAACUAGCAACAUCACACCGACGACCUUCCCAGUGACCAGUCAGAAAUUGGCUCCGACUAGACAACUUUUUAAAAGUCCAGUUAAAGUAGGCAGUCCACAAAAGAUUGAGAUGCGAUGAUGAAGUAGCCUGUAGCCACACACUUGUGGAUUUCAAUGUAAUUUUUAUUUACCACGUGUUUUAGCUGCUAUAAGUGGUCGUGAUAUAUCUCUUGCAUUGAGAGGUUAUUGUAUUUAAGUGGUGCGUAGCGACACACUAAAAAUUUGGCAUUACAUAUACCACAAGUCUGUGCGUGUUCUUCCUUUCUUAUCAAAUUGCAGUCUUUCCAACAGAGUUGAUGUGGUGAUUGUGGCCUAUGUAAGUGUGACAUUGUUUGUGGUUAUGGUGGUGCAUGUAGUGGUCACGUUGUCAUUUCUGAUGGAAGUUUUAUGUGUAGGUCAUGCUUCUGUGGUCGUCGUGUUUCUAUAUGCAAUGUCAUUCGUGGCGACAUAAUAUUAGUAGCUUUAAUACCACACUUUUAUGUGCUGUACAUAUUUACCACUUAUACAAUUAGUUUUAGAGGUGAGCAAUCUGAGCAUUAAUUUGGAAUUUGAGAGUGUGUUAUGAUACUUAUUGCAUAAAAGGUAGUGUAUGUGUGCGUAUUUCUGUUAUCGGACAUAAUAGCACGUGGUUUCUGUCAGGACACCGUACAAUUGUUCUGACAAAGCUAUGCUUUUGAGUUUUUAGUUUGCAUGUUUCAUUCCUGGAUCUCAUCACAAAACUGUAAAAUUGCAUUUUUACCCAAAUACCAUUUAUUUGAUUUCAAAUUUCCAUUUUGGAUAAACAUGUAUCAUUGUGAAUUGAAUUAAUCGUGAACACAUCUGAAAGUAAUUGUAAAAUAUAGGAUGUUGCAAUCCCUCAGUAAUAAAUAAGAACUGCUCUAGGUCUGUAGCGUGCUGCGGAAAACUAGGCAUGUAGAAUAUACUGGAUACAUUGCCAGAGGAACAAACACUGGCCCCACCAGCGUUAGAAGCAAACAUCAAUAGUUAAAAAAAUAUCUAGUAAACAUAUUGAACUAUGAUAUUUUGAGUAUACAGCAGUUUAUACCGGAUUUAACUGAAUGUGUGUAUCAAACCUGCAGUAUUAAUCCUCCUUUACAUUUUAUUCUAGCAGUUUUUAGAAUUGUUAGUGAAUUGUAAGAUGCAAUAAUUUGCCGACGUGUUCAACUAUAUCAACUUGAUUGUUGAAUUUGCUCUGUAUAUUGCGGUAGCAUUACUAUAAGCCAACCAUUAAGAAAUAAAGAAUUGUAUUUGUAUGAAAAUAUAAGUACCAGUUUAUUCUUACCA